ACGAGAUAGGACGAGUGACGUGUCUGUGAACUCUCGGCGAUUUUGGUGUUUUUCUACGAAACUCUUCAAUUGCUGUUAAUUUUACUUAUUAUUUCGAGUUUAUUAAACGAUUUACCGAAUUUUCGAUCGAGUGAAAACUAUCGUCGUCGACACAAUACUUAAUCCACAGCACGAAUGGCGUUCAAACGGGAUAAGAAAGAGGAGGAAGACGGAGGGAAUCAGUAUCAAAAUCUUGAGAAGACCAGUGUUCUCCAGGAAGCGAGGACGUUCAACGAUACUCCAGUCAACCCCAGAAAAUGUAUUCACAUCCUCACCAAAAUACUCUACAUGAUCAACCAAGGUGAACAAUUGAGCACCGCUGAGGCUACGGAAACAUUUUUUGCCAUGACUAAAUUAUUUCAAUCGAGUGAUAAAAUAGUAAGGAGGAUGGUUUACCUCGGAAUCAAGGAAUUGAGCGGUAUUGCCAAAGAUGUCAUCAUUGUAACGUCAAGUUUAACUAAGGACAUGACUGGAAAAGAAGAUACUUACAGGGCGGCAGCGAUUCGAGCAUUGUGCAGCAUAACUGAUGUAUCCAUGUUACAAACAAUUGAACGUUACAUGAAACAAGCGAUAGUAGACAAAAAUCCUGGCAUCAGUAGUGCAGCAUUAGUGAGCUGUUUACAUUUGUGCAAUAGCGCAUCAGCGACCGAUGUCGUUAAACGUUCUUUGAAUGAAAUACAAGAAGCACUGAACUCUGACAAUGUUAUGGUACAAUAUCACGCGUUAGGGUUACUAUUUCAUUUAAGAAAAACAGACCGCUUAGCAGUAUCAAAGUUGGUCGCUAAGCUUACCAAAAGUAAUAUGAAAUCACCAUUUGCAGUUUGCAUGUUGAUAAGAAUGGCUUGUAAGUUGUUAGAAGAAGAAAAUAUUCCUCGCUCUGAAUCUCCUUUAUUCGAGUUUGUCGAAUCAUGUAUUCGCCAUAAAUCAGAAACGGUCGUGUAUGAAGCCGCUCAUGCGAUUGUCCAUUUAAGUGGUACUGGUGCAAGACAUUUGGCACCGGCCGUAUCGGUCUUACAACUAUUCUGUUCAUCAGCAAAGCCUACUUUACGUUUUGCCGCAGUGCGAACACUUAACAAAGUCGCUAUGGAACAUCCGAGCACUGUAACUGCUUGCAACUUGGAUCUUGAAAACUUGAUUAGUGACUCGAACCGAUCGGUUGCCACAUUAGCAAUAACGACUUUACUGAAAACGGGAUCAGAGGCGUCAGUUGAUCGUCUAAUGAAACAGAUUGCUACGUUUGUAAAUGAAAUUUCUGAUGAAUUUAAAAUCGUUGUUGUACAGGCCAUUAGAGCACUAUGUUCCAAAUUUCCUCGUAAACAUUCAGUCUUAAUGAAUUUUCUUUCCGGCAUGUUAAGAGAAGAAGGCGGACUUGAGUACAAAGCGUCUAUAGCCGACACAAUCAUAGCUAUUAUAGAAGAAAAUCCAGAAGCUAAAGAGACCGGAUUGGCUCAUCUUUGCGAAUUUAUCGAGGAUUGUGAGCAUACUAGUUUAACAGUUCGUAUUUUACAUUUGUUGGGCAAAGAAGGACCUCGAACCAAACAGCCGUCACGGUACAUACGAUUUAUUUAUAACCGGGUUAUCCUAGAAGGCGCUGUUGUGAGAGCCGCUGCUGUUGGGGCGAUGGCUAAGUAUGCUGCACAUUGUUCAAUGCUCACCGACAGCAUUAAAGUACUUCUGAAAAGAUGUUGUCUUGACGUUGAUGAUGAAGUCCGGGAUAGAGCUACGUUUUAUAGUCAGUUGUUGAGUUCUAAUAAUCGACAAUUAAUAACAGACUAUUUGUCGGAACCAAUUCAUGUUUCUUUGCCGGUUUUGGAAAAGACAUGCCAAGAUUUUGUUGCAAAUCCAACAAAAGAACGUAUAAAUCUGAGCGAAUUGCCAUUCGAUACUGACGUUAAAGCGACUCAUGCUGAAUCUACGAGGAAAAAUAUUGUUGAUAAAACUAUUCAACCAGGUAUGUUACUCAUAACAAAAAACAUACACUUUUUUUGUAAAAUAAAAAAAAAUGUACAUUAUUUUUUUAUCUAUACAGUAGAGCCGCCUGUUAAAACUGUAGAUAUUCAAACGCUACCAAAUUUGAUUAGCCUUAAUGCCGGCACACUGUUCAAAUCAACGAAACCUACUAUGUUGACUGAGCCAGAAACUGAGUAUGUGGUACGGUGUAUUAAGCAUGUAUUUAGUGAACACUUAGUACUUCAAUUUGAGAUUACCAAUACCUUAGACGACCAAAUUUUAGAAAACAUUAGUAUUGAGUUAGACAUUAGUGAAGGCUUCUGUCUCUUGGAUGAAGUAAAAAUCGCCUCUCUAAAAUAUCAAGAAACUGAGAAUGUUUAUGUUUAUCUGAAAUUCCCGGAUCAUCCAGUUGAAUCGAUUGCGAGUUUUACAGCUAAAAUGAAAUUUAUCGUUAAGGAUUGUGAUCCCAUAACUGGCGAAGUGCAAGAAGGAGACGGCUACUUGGAAGAUUAUAGGUUGGAAGAUGUGGAAGUCACUUUGAAAGACCAAAUGAUGAAAGUAAAAUGCGGAAACUGGGACACGUUAUGGGAAGAAGCUCAGAGUAUUUGUCACGAAGUACAAGAAACGUUUGCAUUACCUCUUACCGACGAUGGUCUGAUGUAUACUAUUAAACAAAUAAUGUUAUUCCUUGGAAUGGGUGCUUCCAACAACUCGGACAGUGUACAACCGCCAAAUAAAUCGUCCCACACAGUUAAUUUAGCAGGUUUGAUGCGAGGAAAUCAUAAAGUUCUCGCUUUAGCUAAGUUAGCAUUAAGCGAUAACAGUGUUACCAUUCAACUGACUGUACGUACGAUGGACGAAAGAGUUGCUGACCUCGUUGUGUCUACACUUGAUUAAUUGUCUAUAGACAAUAUUAAAAGAUCCUCGUUUUUGGGGUGUUUAGACCCAUAAUUAAACAUACUAUUAUAAUUCAUUAUUCAUAACACUCAAUUUAUAUUUCAAUAUAUUUACUGAUACAUA